AAACAGCGCUUCGCUUGAAUGUUGUUGGUAGUUAGAUGUUUCCGUCGACGACAACUAGUUUAGUGAGCUGUGAAUAUCGCCUGCAUCUUUUAUCAUUGAUGAGCCAGCAUGAACAAAAAUUAUCUCAUCGUCACUUCGAUCCUGGAAGGAAGACAUUUCCCAACCAGGCAAGGCUGUGACAUUGUGAUAGAAGCCAGCUUCGACGGUGAAGUGCUGACCACAGACCCUGUGCCACACUCCGGUCGCCCCAACUUCAACACGGAGUUGGCAUGGGGCGUAGAUCGCCGAGGUCUUCAUGUGCACAGGCUUCACAGGACACCUGUAAAGCUGCAGUGCUUUGUAGUUGAGCGCUCAUCAAGAAAGAAGGAUCGCGUAGGGUACGUGGUGCUCGAGAUACGCGGCAUUCCGGAAAGUGUAAGGAAUACAAAAUGGCAUCAGUUACUGAACAACAAAUACCAUGGAGCCAAGCCAGAGGUUCAUGUAGGGCUGCAUCUGGAGGAGGACACUGUUCCGGAUGCACCUGCUCUAGCUUCGGCAGAGCCUGCUCGAGCAGAUGUGAGGCUGCAGCGUGUGGUUGCGCAGCAGCCAGCUGACCAAGCAGCAGAAACGGACCUUGAGGACUUGACCCCCUGCCUCAAUUUGAAAGAUGGCUGCUAUGAGAUCGGCAAGCACCCCACGGCGCUGUAUGUCUUCACAGUCACCAUUGCAUUUGCUGCAAACCUCAAUCAUCUUCAAGAAUGCUCAGAGAACAAGCCGUCGACUGGCCAAGGUGGUCCAUACCAUUUCAUUUAUCACUUGCUUGGGCAUGAAGUAGCUACAGAAGCAUUUCCCAGCUUGGCAAGCCCAGAAUUUCCAGCGGAGCGAGCAUCUCUACACAUUCGUAGCAGUGAUCCUGUGCUUCGCAGAUUUUUUGCUGCUCAUCCAACUCUUCAGGUACUGCUUUCAUCCGCCGAUUCAGUGAUUGGGGAGACAGAAAUCCCUCUUGGCGACUUCUCAGCGAGCUCUCCAAAGUUCUUCGUCUCUGUGCAAGGCUUGUUUCAGCUAUCUCCUGUUCCGCACAAUGAAGCUCUGGUGAGCAGAAUUCCACACGAGUACAGGCCCAUUGUUGGUGUCCACGUUGAGAUUUCAGAAAAAGAGGCAAUAGGAGGCACUGAAAAUGAAAGAGAUGGCAGGCAGGAAGAGCCACUACCUGAGCAUCGCCCUACACACUCGCCACCACCACCCAUGCCCACAGCCACAAGGCGGGCUGAGAGCCCACAUCCUGCUUUGCAGUCACGCAGUCGAGACGUGCGGCCUCGAACACCAACACUACUUUUGCCUGAAAAGAGCCCCACGCGACAGCCAUGCAGACAUCUGGAGUUCUCACCUCCACAAAAACUUGGACGUGCUGAAAAUCAGCGGCCUGCUGCUGAUGCUGCCUCUAGCCAGGCUAGCAAUUUAAGGCCAGUGCAAAGCAGCUCUGGUUCGCGUGCACCUGAAGAUGUUGUGAGGCAACAGAGUGAAGUUAUUGAUCUGACUGAUGACAGAGACGAGGAAGAGUUUCACCAUUUCUCUCUGAUGCUGGAUAUAAGAAGCCUGGAUGUCUUAUCAACCCGUGGCAAGGCAAUGCAGUGUUAUGUGAGAUAUCACUACCCCUUCUUGGGUACCAACAAUGCUUUUCAGUCGCAAAAAUGGACCACCGUGGUGCCCAAUUUGAUAGCAACUGUUGUUGGUGGCUUCAGCACAUACAACUUUGCUGCAACACACAAGAUGGUCACGAUGGCAUUUCAAGAGCUUCCACUUAUGGUGGAGAUCCUCAGCCAAGUCGAGGGUGCUGAUAAGCUCUUUGGCACAGCUGAGGUUUCCCUGGCAAAUGUCCUGAGGUGCCCUGCUUCCACUCUCAUCAAGGACAAUGGGGCAACAGGACAAAGACGAAUGCAGACAAGCAAGGUUUCCAUUAUGGACAUCAGGGGGAAAGUGAUUGGAGAGCUUCAAGCAGUCGUAUGCCUUGAUGACCUUGGCAUUACAUCUCUUCCAUCCAGAGAGCCGCCUGGCAGCCUGGGUGAUGCAGCCAGCAGACCUCCUCCAGUGCAGGCCGCAGCAGAGUCACGAGAGCGAGAAAUCUUUAAAGUAAUGACAGAGCUGGAGCUGUGGAAGGAGCAGCAGGAGAUAAUGUUCAGAGCACGGUUAAAAGAAAAAGAGGAAGCCCAUCUCUGUGCACUUUCAGAGGAGUGGAGGCGGCAGGACUUUGAGCGAGACUCGGUUCUAAGGCGAAAGACGAAGGAGAACAAAGAACUGGAGGAGAAGCUCAAGUCUCGCUUGAAAGAGGUUGAGUCGCGUGAAAAUGCCCACGCUCGGAGAGAAGCUGAGUUCGAACAGCAAAAGUCAGACUUCCAGUUCCUGAAGACGCGCCUUCAAAAAGAAGCCAAAGAAACACUUAGGCGCUCACUAGAAGAGUAUGAGCACAUGCUGAACAUUGAGAAGAAAAAAGUUCUUGAUCUGGAAGCCGAAAAGCACAAGUUGAAGAGACAGGUUUCCGAACUGGAGGCCCAGCUCCAGGAGCGUGAAAAACUGUUGGAAGAGUUAAAGACCAGCCAGAGAGAUGCUUUCUCACAGGAGCACAAAGUCCGGAUGGACUAUGAAAAGGCGCUUGCCGAGAAGGUGGCACUAUUAAAGGAGCUGCACGAAGCAUUGCGCCUGAAAGAACGAUACAAAGAAAAGUGUAAUCACACUGAAAGCCAACUUGCGGCUUGUAAGGAACGUCUGAGGCAGACUCAACAUCAAGACCUACAAGAUCGAAAUGAUGAAGUGGAGAGGCAUUAUCAGCAGGCCAAAGCGCGUUUUGAAAGUGAUCCUGCAGCCAUGGCAACCUCUACAGGUCCAUUUUCAAACAGCCCAUCGGAUGAGGGGGCAUCAUUUGUGACGCCAGAGAAGACAUCGCCAACACAUUGCGCACCCACUGUGGAAGCUAUGCGAGAAACAUUUGGAGGAUUGCAGCUUACAGCACCAUCUCUGCAAGGUCAAAGGCGAGACCCCAGCUCACCUGUCAUGCUGGAACAGUCACCACCCGGUGCGUCAGCCUCCAGUUCCUCGUGGAUGGAGCACAUGCGGAGGCUGAUUGAGGAGCGAGACACCCUGCUCAGCUCGGGAGUUUAUAGCAAGGAGGAUGCCAUUAUUGUCGAGUUGAAUAGACACAUUGCUGACACUGUCAGAAAGCAUGUGUGAGCUGACGAAGGUCAGCAGAAAAUGCAAAUAGGAUUGUGCACAUAUUCAUCAGAUGUUUAUUCCAUGAGAAAAAAAAAAAAUGGGAUAAAAUGAUUUAUGUAUGCAUACAUGACUCAUUUACCAGCACAAACAAAUUUAUUUUAUUUGAAGUGCAUAAUGCUCUUGUACAUAAAUUUCUAUUGUUGCUAGGAGUACAUCUUUCUUUGCUUUACAAAUAGGCAGACAAAGCCUUAUAAUGCUCAGGGCAAGGUUAACAUGUAGCAGUCAAAGAGACUUUGGGAACGACUAUCAACUGAGUGUAAUUAUAAAUGUUAAAUUAUAUUUCUCACAGGUUACGUGUUAAACUGUCACACUCUGCUUCAUAAGUAUCUGCUGCCGUCCCCUUUAGCCAGGUGUAGAUACUAGUUGUGUUGGUGAGUUAAGUCUGUUAGAAGGUGUGUUCAGUUGAUGUUGCUGACAAUAUCGAAAAGGCUUGCCUUUUAGUUCUGCAUGUUAUUGUAGCAUGUUUCAGUCAGUGCUGGAAUUAUGUUCCAUUGCUGUGAUUUUUAAAAAUGUAACCGUGUGUUAUAAUAUGUGGUCAUGAUUGUCUCAGCCGAAUGUUACUGCAUAGUGUUAGCACGAAAUACACAAGUUACUGUGCAAUCUGAAUUUCUUUUUUGUUACUUAUUUAGCUGAUAACAUCAGGACAGCUCCCAUAUCAGCUCAACAGAUGUCCUGAGUGCAUCAACGUUGCAUAGUGUUUGCAUUGUUAGGAAGAGGUGGCAACCAUCAACAUACACGUGAUUACAUCAUGCAUUUCUUCUUGUUUUUUUUAAUGUGUGUGUGCAAGUUUCAAAUGCAUAUGAGUGCAUUUAAGGGUUUCACAUUGAGCCUAGAAAAGUAAUGCUUCACUGAGAAAGUCAUGACCACAUCUUCGAUGCAUGCAGUAAUAAUGUAAUGCUCUCAAAAACCAUUUCAGACUUACACGAUUGUAACCCUAUUCGCACAUUUCAAAAAUGCUUGGAUGGCUAGUUGAACUGAAAUGUUUACGAAGAAAAAUUUUGGUGAAAGUGAACACAUUUCUGCAGAUUGUGUUGUAUAAACAGGUUGGUGUACCUUCUGUAUGCUUUUUCUUUCUCUCUCUUUUUUUUUCAAGUGCAAGUUACACAUACGUACAUGUGUGAACAGCAUUAGAAGUAAUGCUUCCAUGUGGCUACAUCUUCAUUUUUCUUUCGCUUAUCAUGUGUCUGAGCAGCAUGAGUAGAUUAUUGUUAGCAUGCAGUCUUGCCGUCUACUUGGUCGAAAAUUUGAAUUUUUGCAAAGUUGCAGUGAAGAGUGUACUGCACUACUAUGAGCAAUAAGGGGGGGGGGCAGCUUCUGAAUUCUCUGCACGGUAAGAAAUCAACCAUCAUUUUUUAACAAGGAUGUGCAUUUUUGCAUUUAUAAUGCAAACUGGAAAAUAAAAUGAAGUGUAAGUGAACUGCACUUUAGGAUUCCAUGAGCAAAUUGGUGUAAUAUAAUAUACUGAUUGUAAAGUUGAUGUUUAAGGGUAUUGUAGUGUACAUACAGUGGUGCAAGGAAAACGGGUCCUAAUCAAACACCAUAAAGAAUAUUUAACUUUAAUGCAUAUUAGGGGAGUAUUUAAUUUUUAUGUAAAAUAGAAAUCAUGUCAGUUGCUUGUGUAAGUUGUUUACUUUUCUUUUGUUGAUGUAAACAGAAUUGUGCCAAGAAAAAUGAGUGCCUCUUAAGACAAAAUUGUGCUUGUACAUAUUUAUUUCAGAGGGGUGGUUUUUCAUAUGAUAGAUGUGUUCAAAGACCAGAGAUGCAAUUGCUCACACACACAGUCACAUUCUAAGCAUAUGUGAAAUCAACAAUAUGCCUUCUGUACAUGUGUAUGCUAUAUCGUUUGACAUUUCUCUGUGUCCAAAUUGAAGAUUGUAUAAAGUGGAGUGGUUUUGGGUGUGCAACUAGGUAUUUGGUGUCAGUAUAUUACUUUUUUUU